GCACUGCACUUGUCGCAUACAUGUACGUUGUACAGGUGGAAAAUUACUGACUCUAUUUUUCACAGAUUGAGUGUACGGGAAAGUGUUUUACUGAAACGUCAAAGUAGUAGUAACAAUGGCAAGUGCUCUUGAGAAGAUCAGUCAGCAUCUUGAAUGUGGAAUUUGCCAGGACAGGCUCAAACAACCAAAGGUUCUCAACUGCUUGCACAGUUUCUGUCAAGAAUGUCUCCAGGAUUACUACAAACGCAGAUACAAAGAAGCUCCAGAGAUUCCUUGCCCUGUGUGCCGGCGGGUGACAGCACUACCAGAGACACGCAUCCAAGGCCUGAAAACAAACUUUCAUUUGAUGGGAAUCACUGAAGAGAUCUCUGACUGCGAGUUGUGUGAAGAGGAAAACGAAGCUACACAUCGCUGCUUAGACUGACAAAAUGUUUGCCCAAACUGUCGCAAGACGCACCUGCGAUGUGUCGCUACAUCAAACCAUACAGUGGCGACUUUUGAGGAAAUUCGUCAAGGAAAGGUGACCGUGAAAAAAUCUGAAAAUCACACAAAGUUUAGAUGCCAAAAACACGGUGGAGAGGUAAGACGAUUCUACUGUGAGACAUGUCAAGAGUUGAUCUGCCGGGAUUGUACUGUUGUUGACCACCGUAUACCAAACCAUCACUACGUGGACUCUGGAGAGGCUUCUAUCAAGUACAAACAAUCACUGAAGGAUAUGUUGCCAGAUUUUGAUGUGGACAUAAAAGUACUUGAACAGUCUUUAGCUGCUUCAUCUGAAGCUAAAUAGAAAUUGGCAAAGAAUGUCA